GUUCAGUGCAGACUGGAUUUUAGCGCGCCAUUUUCGUUAAUGGUGGUGCGAUCAAAACGAUCCAACAAAUAAGCGUCGAUGUCUGAUAUUGAUUAAAACCUUAAAACUGUUUGAACUUGGUAUUUUUCCGCUCUUGAGUCAGUAAGUGAUUUUCGUCCGACAAAGCUCGAUAAAACAUGAAUGUUUCUGAAAUAGAAUCUGCUGGAUUAGAUGCUGCCUCCACAACGUUCUACACAGAUGACGAACAAAGCCUAUCGCAUCGAAUGAUUGUUUACGUCUACCGUGUUUCAGGAAUUGUAUCAGUUCGACAGUUGCCUUUUUGGGAAGAAUUUUGCGCCGUAAACCCAGAUAUAGAAAUGUCCGUUCAAGAUUUGCGAGCCGUGUUCUUUACUGAUGUAAUUAAUAAUCUAGAACAUUACGAAUUUAUGAACUAUGAGGUAGCGCAGUAUCUUAAUCCGCCAUUCAAUCAAUAUCGAUUGGAUUCUCUGGAGUUUGGAGAUUUGACUGAAGGUGAUGAUUUUCUAUUAGAUGUUCCGAAUUGUGCUGCCGCAGGCAAUCUCAGUUUUGAAGAUAUGGCUCAAUACGUAAUUGCACCACUUACGGUCAGUCACAAACUGCCAGUUAUACCAUUACAUUUGGAAACUAUUCCGCGUUCCGAGUCUUCCAUGUCGCAGGGCGAUCUUCGUGAAUUGUUUUUUCUGAUUCUAAGUGAACUGGUUUUGGCAAAGGAGGAAGUUCAAAAAUCCAGACUCACGGUUGCAGAUAUACAAGACCCUGUAUUGAAUCUAUCAGAAAUCGGAAUUUCAUUGCAAAGUCGUCUAAAACCUGGCAUGAUAGCCUUUGAUUUAUUAAAUGACAGUGAAACGGAACAUUGUGAUGAUAGUCAUGAUGAUCAGCUUGUGCCCUCAGCUGAAGCUUCUCCCAGGCCGGAGUACAGUAUCAAACGUAGCAGGUCAGUAGGAGAUUCCGGAAUUGUUCUCUCACCAACCAAACGAUCGCGAGUCAUUCCCAGCGAUAUCAGAAAACACCGUCUUAGACGAUUGUUUUCGGCUCCAGCUGAUUCAAUGAUGUGAUUUUGAGAAUGUUGACAUUCCCUUACUUUUCUAUGUUAAGUUGAAAGAUAGAUGACAUCCGUUGUCAACUUUUUACAUAAGAGACAAUUCCAUUGAAUUGGAUUAAUUUGAUAUUAAUUUGUUGUAAUUAAAAGCCUUUUUUUUAUUCUGUUUAUACAUUUUUUA